AUGGCUUCCGAACAGAAUAAGGAAUACUUCAACAACGAAGCUGCGGCUUACGAUACAAAGCACGCAAAGACCUUGGACAGGAUCGUCGAGGAGAUCCGGGCCAGACUUGAUUUCAUUGGAGUCGAUUGGGUAGAUGAGGAUACUGGUGUUGGAAGCGUGAGGCUUUUGGAUUAUGCCUGUGGUACUGGAGUUGUUUCUAGAGCUCUAGCGCCUUACACCACACAAUGCGUUGGUAUCGAUCUCUCAGAGAACAUGGUCGCUCACUACAAUGCCAGAGCUGAGAACCAGGGUCUCGCUCGCGACGAAAUGUAUGCCUAUCAAGGCAACCUCUUAGACCCGAACGAUCCCGAUCCCAGGGAGUUUUCCAGCUUCGACUUUCAACUUUUUGACAUUGCCGUCGUUGGAUUGGGCUUCCAUCACUUUGACGAUCCCGCUCUUGCUGCAAAGAGGCUAGUUGAACGGCUCCGGCCUGGUGGUGUUCUUCUGAUCUUGGACUUUCUGCCUCAUGGCAAAGUUGCUGAUGAACAUCACGCUGCUUCGCACACGAUCACACACCAUGGCUUCUCCGAGGAACAGAUCAAGAAGAUCUUCGAAGAUGCUGGCGCCGGAAAGGACUUCACAUUGGAGACUAUCGGAGUUGCCUUCAACAAAGCUACUGAAGAGAGGCCCGAGGAGGUCCGUAGAGAGGUCUUCCUUGCGCGCGGAACCAAGGACUGA